GUAAUCCUCAGCAGCCCUUGAACACUAGUCAGAUGACUCCAUAUUCUCCCAAGGUUCUCCCGCAAAGGUGGAGCCAUCGUGGAGCAAUUCCUGGAAGCGAGAGCCCCCAUUGGCUGAGCUGCGACGAUUUGGAAAGAAGUCAUGUGAUUGCUGUGAGCUACAGAACCAAAACAAAUCUUGACCGAGUGGAAACUAAUUCGAAAUACGGUGCGUUUUUAGAACUAAUUGCUGCUGUAAGUGGUACCAACAGCUACUGGAAGCUACGCGACAUUCGUACGAGUGCAAACGACUGACUGCCACGAAUUUCUUGUGAAGAAAAUCAUCUGAAGGCCCCGGUGAACUGCCAUCGAGCCGCAGCCUUGGAGGUUCCCCGAGAUUCUGCGCUGGGGCUGGGCCCGCCAGCCAUGCUGGGCUCGGCUGAGUGGGCGGCAGCGCGCGGCUGGACGCCGGCCGCCCCGCGCACUGUCCAGGACCCGUUGCGGCUGCCCGAACUCGAGGGCAGCGUGGACCCGGACCAGUGGCUGUCCGUGGAGAGCCUCAGCUUCGAGGCGCAGGAGGCGGGGCUGUACGGGCCAGAACCGAAGGAAGAGAAGGCCGACCUGGCCGAAGCCCUGUGGGAGCUCGAGGCCGAUGACCCGUACUCGCGAGUGCCCGACAAGAACGAGCCGGGCGACCAGAGCCCCUCCUUCUGGGGCAUGGACUUCGAACUGAGCAAGCUGGAUGCCAUGCUGAAGCCCGACAAGCAGCCUCCGCCGCUCAAAGAUCCUACGCUGGCCGAGCUGAACGCCGACGAGUCCGGCCUCGACGGGCUGGACGUUAACGACAUCCUGCGUGACUUUCAGCAACAGGCCAGCUGGAGCAGCUUCACGGCGCCCUCUCAGUUGGCCGACCUGUUGGCGCGGCCUGUAAAGACCGAGAUCCUCACGCCUGUCCUCUCUACGAGCCUGCCGGCAUCAACCUGCCUCGCUGCGCCUCCGCCAGCACCGCCACUGCAGCAGGUCUCCGCCGAGCCAGUGCUGCAGCGUGCCGUGCUCGCUCAGGUCGAGCCUGUGCGGGCGAGCCCGGCGGCCCAGUCAGCGCCAAGCGACGUGCCGGUGAGCGGCAAACCGCGCUCGCGCAUCCUGGCCGAGCGGCUUUCGUGCUCGGCACCCGAGUCACAGUUGAGCCAGCUGUCCAUGGACGAGGGCUUCAGCAGCCAGGACUCUGACGAGGCGCUCACGUCAGACGCCGAGUCGCACGCGAGCCAGGAGGCCGUCGAGCCGGGAUCGCCGGACGGUCAGAAGAAAAAGAAGCGCUACUUUUGGCAGUACAACGUGCAGGCAAAGGGUCCCAAGGGCCCGCGCCUGUCCAUGGCGCGCGACUCGGCCGAUCCGCACGUGCUGCAUGACGUGACUGAUCCUGUGUUCAGUCCCGAAUGCCAGCUCGAGGGCGUCAAGCACGCGGGUAAAGCGCGUCGUGGCGACGGCAACGAUCUGACGCCUAACCCCCGCAAGCUCUACAACAUCGGUAUGGAACUGAAGAAGCUGGGCCGUAUCAUCAACGAGCUAACGCCUGUCAGCGAGCUGCCGUUCAAUGCACGGCACAAGUCGCGCAAGGAGAAGAACAAGCUGGCCUCGCGCGCCUGCCGCCUCAAGAAGAAGGCCCAGCACGAAGCCAACAAGCUCAAACUGUACGGACUGCAGCAGGAGCACCGACGACUAAUCGCUCUUUUUGAGGAAGCCAAGAAGCUUUUGCGUGACAAGGUGGAAAGCCACCAAGCAGACAGACAGGAAGCUUCAUCUGCUCAUCUUGAGGCAUUGAUUAAAAGACAUG